CUCUAGAGAGAGGAGAGAAAAAAAUUGUAAAAUUUAGAGAGAGAAAUAGAGAUUUUAGAGAGAGAGAAGAUAGAAACUUCAAAGAAUAAUGGAAGAGAUGAUAGUGGUGUUUGGAGGUCAGACUUUGGCCUCCAUUUCCCCCCAAGAGAAUGCAAGUGUAGCCUACACUGUGUAGGAGGACAAUAUCUGGUGAUUUUCAGCCAUUGCUACUUGCUAGACUUCAGAGUUUCUAGGAAAAGAUAUGCAAGAUAUGGAUCAGGCCAACUACGAGAACAACCCUGAAUGGAUCGUGCAAACGCAGGAGAUUCAGCAGUUCAAUGAUAUCCUCAACAAAGAGAUUGAAAGGAAGCAUUUGAUGAGAGAAAUGGAGCAAAGUAUUCAUGAUCAAGGGAAGAAUAGUAGGGUUUGGCAACCCACAUUUGAAUGGGAAGAUUUCGAUCACACAAAUCUUGCCAUGGAUAAACCAAUAAAGGUAGAUAAAGCAAGAAACGAUCUGCUUGUGGCCAAGGAAGUUGGAGACUCAAGAAACUCAAAUGAAGGUGGGAGUUGUGAUAUGUCCUCUUCUUACAAUAAACUGAACUCAUUGGAAGGCCAAGGGAUGAGGGUUCUCAAACUCCCCAUAAAGAGGCGUAGAAGUAUCGUAGAACUAAGUCAGAUUCACGUGCCGAAUGGGCGACAGAGGUACAUAAAGAAAUCACAGGAUGAUGCGAUUGAUCUCAAUAAGGUAGCUGACUCUAUGAUCAAUUUUGGUCAACAGCCCUUUUGAUUAUGAUAUCGUAUAUCGUGAAACCAUUUAUCUAUGGUACAAGAGGGUCAUAAUCAACCAUAACCUUCUCUAGUACAAUUGGUCUUUGAGCAUGGUAUAACAGAACGCCAACCAUCUAAUUUUACAUCUAUAACUAUAAGUGAUUAUAACCUUCUUGUAACAAAAGAAAAUGGUUUUUAUUAUAUACUUUUUCUGUAAUUAUAGGUGUUUUAACUUUAGAAAAAAAUUGAGUUAGGGCCGGUUCUAUUGAAUAAUUGUGAUUGGAUAAUGGUGAGAUUACUUGUAGUUUGGGUGGAGAUGUUGGGCUGAGGCCAAUGUGUUUGGGAAUUGGGUGGAUAGUUUGCUUUGUUGAUUGGUCAUCAAGUGCGAAGAUAAUUGUAAAUAGAAAGCAGGGACCAUGGGUUCACAUAGUGGAAAUGUUACAUGUGGAGUGAUUGAUCAAGAUUAGAGGUAAUAGGCUAUGGAGCAAGAUCAUCGAUCCAUUUCUAUCUAUGGAGCAAAGGCCUGAAAUGACAAGAAUUAUAAGCAAAAACUGAUUAUUUUUGGGCUCUUUAGGCUCAUUUGCUUUGUACCAAUGUGCUAUUAUUUAAUGUUCUUUUAUGGAAAUGUGAGAAACA